AUGACCGAGCAAACAGAAUCGCACCAGCUUAAUGAAAGAUUUGCAGCAGAAGGAAAACCUCUGGACGCUGAUGUUGAGGCGGAACUUCAGUCUAUAAUGCGUCUACACUCAAUCGAUGUGCAAGAAUUGUGGUACAAAUGGGAAUCUUACUGUAUGAAAAUGGAAUCUGAUGACCUGAAGCUAAAUAUUGAAACUGUGCGGCAAUUAAAGAAAGAUGUACAAGAUGUUUUGGAGCGUGAGAGUUGGAACAAGAAAGUACAACCUCAAUCCCAUAAACGAGGUACUACAAAUUUUCGCCCUACAAACAGUAACAACAAUGUGCUUGGAAUGAUAGAAAAGCUGGCACCAAAUACAACCCAAGCUCGAGAGACGGGUCUAAACAGCUCUGAGACGCCAUUUUCAUCGAGUAUCCUGACUGAUUUAACCAGCAACCCAUACGAAGUCAAAUCUGCAUCUAAGCCACAUGAUCAGAAAAUCAAUCUCGUGGUAUCCUCUGGUGACACGACCAACGCUGACCGAGUGACUGAAAUCCUGAAUAGUCACCUACCAACAGCGGAACCAUUGCUAGCCCCUUUUACCGAAUCGCGGAUAAAGCUGACUGCCAACUCUGAUAUCAAGAAGCUAUCUUACAAACCCAUGGCAAUGAAAAGUUUGGAGGCUUCCGAAAUUCUAGACGACAAGAUCGAGGAAUUUAUGACUCUACUGCAAGAUCACCACCAUAUGGACGAAUCUGAGUUUGGUAGUGCUACAUUUAAAGGCAUCAAUGAAGUUGUUGUUGUCGGUCGUAUUGCCUCUGACUCUUUAGAUGCUAAACUAAAUAUCUUCUCGCUAGUGCUCGAGACCUCCCGGCGCAUGGGUGCUGGGUUAAGGGUGCCUCUUAAAUUUGAGGCUGAACAAGAAUUUCAGCUCUUUCCAGGCCAAAUUGUGGCGCUUAGAGGAAUUAAUACGUCAGGCGAGUAUUUCACCGUGAGUGAAAUUCUAGAGCUGCCACUGUUACCAAAUGCUGCAUCAACGUACGAAGCCUUACAGUCUCAUGUCACAAAAUUAAAAGGUGGGAUUGACACUACAGAAUUGACCUCAGGCACAGUUCCUUUAAAAAUAAUUAUUGGUGCUGGACCAUUUACUACCGAUGAGAACCUUGAAUUUGAGGCACUUCAUGUUAUAUGCAACCGAACCGCAGAAAUAGGUGCAGACGCGUUAAUAUUAACUGGUCCAUUUAUCGACAUUGAUCACCCCAUCAUUGCCUCUGGAGAUUUCGACCUUCCUGAAGACACCCUUACAGAUUCUGAGCCAGUAACGAUGAUAAAUCUUUUUAAACACUUUAUCACGUCCGCUCUUGCUCGUCUCAUCGUUACAAAUCCGCACAUCACUGUAAUACUUGUGCCUUCUGUUAGAGAUGCUUUCAGUAAGCAUGUCUCAUGGCCUCAGGAACCUUUUCCCAGGAAAGACCUCUGUCUCCCUAAGUCGGUUAAAAUUGUUGGAAAUCCUAUGAUUUUGUCAUUAAAUGAAAUUGUGUUGGGAAUCUCUUCGCAAGACAUCUUGACUCAUCUCCGUAUUUCAGAAGUAACAAAUAACUUGCCAACAGAUUCUUCUCUCCUAGCGCGCCUACCCAAGUAUUUAAUUGAUCAACGCAGCUUCUUUCCUGUUUUUCCUCCAGUGAGCAGGGAAAAUCUACCCAAGACGGGUACCCAUAGCGGUAUCCCAACAGGAGCAAUGCUGGACACAAGCUACCUCAAACUAGGUGAAAUAAUUAAUGUCAGACCAGACAUUCUUAUAGUGCCAAGUGCACUACCUGCGUUUGCAAAAGUUAUUGAAAGCGUUGUUACCAUAAAUCCUGGAUAUGCAUCUAAGCGUAAGGGUACUGGUACGUACGCGAAGGUUACGAUACAUCCAGCGACAUUCAUGAAGGAAGAAGAAAAUUGCUCUUUAAUUGCUCACAAACUUUUCGAUAGAUCACGCGUAGAGAUCUUAAAGAUUUAA